AUGCAGUCGAUGAAAGCCGAUGAACUGCCGGAGAAUCCGCGGGAACGCUCCAAUCCCCUCUCCUCACUCAUGUUCUGUUUUGCCAUGCCCGUACUAUUCAAAGGGCGGAAGAAGAAUUUGGAACAAAAGGAUCUCUACCGAGCCCUCAAAGAGCACAAAUCGGACUCCCUGGGAGAUCGUUUAUGCACAGCCUGGGAUGAGCAGGUGGCCAAAAAUGAGACUCCGCGUUUGGGUCGUGCCCUGAUGAAAGUAUUUGGCUUUCAUUUGUUCCUCACGGGUCUUUCUCUGUUCGUCCAGGAAUUCUUAACCAAAGUCACCCAGCCCAUCUGCUUGUUUGGAGUGAUGGCUUACUUUGCCGGUAAUGAUCCGGAUCUGACCAAGGCCCAGUUAUAUGCAGCGGGCCUCAUAGCAGGUUCCGUAUUUAGUGUGCUUAUAGGCCAUCCCUAUAUGUUGGGCCUACUUCAUCUGGGUAUGAAGAUGCGCGUGGCACUCAGCAGUCUCAUCUAUCGCAAGGCUCUUCGGUUAAGUAGAACUGCCCUGGGCGACACGACAGUGGGUCAGGUGGUCAAUCUCCUGUCCAACGAUGUGGGACGCUUUGAUUUGGUUUUGAUCAAUGUGCACUACCUGUGGAUAGCACCGUUGGAACUGAUCGUUGUCACCUACCUGAUGUACCUUGAGAUUGGCAUAUCUUCCAUUUUUGGGGUUGCGAUAAUGCUUCUGUUCCUGCCCUUCCAAUCCUACCUCGGCAAGCGGACCAGCGUGCUGCGCCUGCGCACCGCCUUGCGAACGGACGAACGUGUCCGGAUGAUGAACGAGAUCAUCUCGGGCAUCCAGGUGAUCAAGAUGUACGCCUGGGAGAAGCCAUUCGGCAAGGUGGUGGAGCUGACCCGCUUUAAUGAGAUGCUGUGCAUCAAGCAAGUCAACUACAUCCGCGGCAUCCUCAUCUCGUUCUCCAUGUUCCUAUCGCGCAUCUUCACCUCCACCAGUUUGAUUGCCUUCGUCCUGCUGGGAAAUGUCCUGAAUGCCGAGAGGGCCUUCUUCGUCACUGCCUACUACAACAUCCUGCGUCGCUCGGUGACCAUGUUCUUCCCGCAGGGCAUCUCACAGUUUGCCGAGCUUCUGGUUUCCGUUCGUCGCUUGGAGACUUUUAUGCAUCGUCCAGAGACACUAGUCAGGGAUAAGUCGAAAAUUAGUCCCACCCCAAAGGCGGAGUCCUUGAAUGGAGAUAGUCCCAAGAGCAAUGGCCUCUCGGAGAAUCUGAUCGAGUUCAGCCAGUUCCAGGCCCGCUGGGAGAGCCAUUCAGUGGAUCCCACGUUGGAGGACAUAAAUCUCCAGUUGGGUCGGCAUAAGUUGGUUGCCGUUAUCGGACCCGUCGGAGCGGGCAAGUCCAGCUUAAUCCAAGCUGUGCUCGGCGAGCUGCCGGCGGAAAGUGGUACCCUUAAGAUCAAUGGCAGUUAUUCCUAUGCCGCCCAAGAACCUUGGCUUUUUACAGGCACUGUGCGGCAGAAUAUCCUCUUCGGCUUGGAGUGGGACAAGCAUCGCUAUCGCACGGUGGUGAAAAAGUGCGCCCUGGAAAGGGAUUUUGAACUGUUGCCCUUCGGUGAAACAAUUGUGGGCGAGCGUGGAGCAUCUCUCUCCGGCGGACAGAGCCGAAUCAGUUUGGCUCGAGCGGUGUACCGACGAGCUGACAUCUACCUUUUAGAUGAUCCACUCAGCGCAGUGGACACCCACGUUGGGCGCCACUUUGAUCAGUGCAUGCGUGGCUAUUUGAGGAGUGAGCUCGUCAUCCUGGUCACCCACCAGCUGCAGUUCCUAGAGCAGGCUGACCUGAUAGUUAUCAUGGAUAAGGGUCGGAUUAGUGCCAAGGGCACAUAUUCAUCGAUGAAGCGCAGUGGAUUAGACUUUGCCCAACUGCUGACGGCGCCAAAUAAGGAUAAUGAAGAUUUUGACGAAGACGGUGGGGCAGGUGGUGAGGGUCUGGCCCUUUUGAAUGUGCCCUCGCUGAGCAGGAGGGGCAGCAAGAACAGUAAGCCAAGCUCUCGAAACAACAGCUUCACCUCAUUGAGCUCCAUGGCGGAGUCAAUGGCCCAGGAGGCUUCCCUGCAGCUGCAGGAGACGCGAGUGGAGGGCAAGAUCGGUCUGGGACUGUACAAGGAGUACUUGACUGCCGGUAGCAGCUGGUUUAUGCUACUCUUCAUGGUCUUUCUCUGCCUGACCACUCAGAUCCUGUGCUCAGCAGCGGAUUACUUCUUGUCGUACUGGGUGGACAAGAACGUGUAUGAUCAGACGAACAUUACUGAGGAUCCCCAAGAUAUGUACUACUUUGCCGCCCUUAAUGUUGCCGUAGUGGUCUUCACCAUCGUGCGCACCAUGCUCUUCUACAAGAUGGCUAUGAAGAGUUCCACUCAACUACAUAAUUCCAUGUACCAAGGGAUUACAAGGGCUGCCAUGUACUUCUUCAACACGAAUCCCUCGGGACGGAUUCUAAAUCGGUUUUCCAAGGAUCUGGGCCAGCUGGACGAGGUCCUGCCAACAGUUAUGCUGGAUGUGGUGCAAAUUUUCCUCACUCUACUUGGCAUUAUUAUCGUGAUUUGCAUCACUAAUCCGUACUAUCUCAUUUUAACAUUAGCCUUGGCCAUUAUUUUCUACUAUCAGGAGUUUUACCUGAAGACAUCGAGGGAUGUGAAAAGAUUGGAGGCAGUGGCCAGAUCACCCAUAUACUCUCAUCUGAGUGCCACGAUUACGGGGUUGCCAACCAUUCGAGCUUUGGGAGCUCAAAAGGAACUUAUUGCGGAAUUUGACAAUCUGCAGGAUUUGCACAGCUCUGGUUACUACACCUUUUUGGCCACGAACCGUGCCUUUGGUUAUUACCUGGACUGCUUCUGCACUUUGUACAUUGUGAUAAUCAUCCUCAACUACUUUAUAAACCCACCGGAAAGCUCUGGCGAAGUGGGCUUGGCCAUCACCCAGGCGAUGGGUAUGACGGGAAUGGUGCAGUGGGGAAUGCGCCAGUCGGCGGAGCUGGAGAACACGAUGACCGCCGUGGAGCGAGUGGUGGAGUACGAUGAGAUCGAGCCGGAGGGCGAGUUUGAGUCCCGCCCCGGUAAGAAACCCUCACCGAGUUGGCCUGAAAAGGGUGAGAUUAUAGCCGAGGAUCUGUGUCUGCGCUACUUCCCGGAUCCACAAGCCAAGUACGUCCUCAAGGCGCUCAAUUUCCGUAUCCUGCCACGAGAAAAAGUGGGCAUCGUGGGUCGUACUGGAGCUGGCAAAUCCUCACUGAUCAAUGCCCUCUUCCGGUUAUCCUACAACGAGGGAAUCAUCACCAUCGACGAAAGGGACACGGCUGAUAUGGGACUCUUUGACCUGCGCAGCAAGAUAUCGAUUAUACCUCAGGAGCGUCUUUUCUCGGGUACCAUGCGUUACAACUUGGAUCCCUUCGAGGAGUACCAGGACGCCAAGCUGUGGGAAGCGUUGGAGGAGGUGAAGCUGAAACCCCUGAUUGCCGAGCUUCCCAGUGGACUGCAGAGCAAGAUAUCCGAGGGAGGCAGUAAUUUUAGCGUGGGCCAGCGCCAGUUGGUGUGCCUGGCCAGGGCAAUUCUUCGAGAGAAUCGUGUCCUCGUGAUGGACGAGGCGACGGCCAAUGUGGAUCCACAAACCGAUGCCCUCAUUCAGGCCACAAUUAGGAGCAAGUUCCGAGACUGCACAGUGCUGACCAGCCAUCGUCUGAACACGAUUAUGGAUUCGGAUCGCGUUCUAGUCAUGGAUGCCGGUCAUCUUGUAGUUGGUUCACCCUACGAACUUCUGACCUCCUGCGAAUCGAAAAUUUUCCACGGAAUGGUCAUGGAAACUGGACAGAAUACCUUCGACAGUCUGCUCAAGGUAGCCGAAAAGGCCCACUUGGAAUCAAAGAAGUCUAAAUCAGAGUAGAUUAAAGAUCUGGUAAUUGCUUACCAAUAAGGUCUCAUUUCCUGGCUGUAAGCGCCUGUAAAGUUGUACCUAAUCCAGCCAGCUGCAUUUAAGUUAGUUUUCUACUUAAAGUAUUACGCCUUCAAACCUUAUAUAUUAUAGGACGCAAUUCUAAUAGAUAUACUGUAAAAAAAAAACCAGCCCAACGAAUGGUAAAAUAUACAGAGUCUCAGAAAAA